AUGGUUAGAGAUAGGCUCUCCGAUUACCUCGAGGCCCGCCACACCUUUGCCGACACUAUGUACGGCUUUCGUCCACAUCGCUCUGCUCAGGACAUCCUCCUGCAACUCCAUUGUGACGUUAUAGAACCGAUCGAACAUCCCAGUGACGACAAGGUAGUCCUCGCCUUAGAUCUCAAGGGAGCCUUCGAUAACGUCACUCACGACAUCAUUCUCUCCCACCUGUCCCAAACGGACUGUGGCCAUAAUGCUUUCAGGUACGUCCGUCAGUUCCUGAUGGAACGGCAGGCGUACCUCCGCAUUCAAGACAAGGAGCAUGGCCCGUACCCUCUUGGUACACGAGGAACACCACAAGGAGCAGUCCUCUCUCCUAUCCUGUUCAAUCUCGCCAUGGCUCACCUCCCCCCAUUGCUAAAGGAUGUCCCAGGAGUGCAGCACGCUCUGUACGCCGACGACAUCACGCUGUGGGCAACCCAGGGUUCCCUUGGUAUUAUUGAGGCCUGCCUGCAACAAGCAGCAUCGGUCGUGGAUGAAUACGCCCGACGUUGCGGUCUCGAAUGCUCGCCUACUAAAUCAGAGUACGUGCAUCUUCGCCCCAAACCAAAAGACACAACUCAAAUUGUACUCUCACUGCAUACCGGGCCUAUCCCGGAACGCGACGAAAUCCGCAUCCUGGGGCUCUUCAUACACAAGAGUCGAAAAGUCGAUACAACCCUGCGCAAGUUACGUACGGUCGGGGAUCAGGUGGGCCGCAUGGUCCGCCGGGUCUCGAACAAGCGGGGGGGUCUUAAGAGUCAAGAUGCUCUGCGCCUCGCCAACGCUUUCGUGACCAGUCGAAUCCUCUAUUCGACACCCUGCCUGCGUUUGCGCAAGUGCGAUGAGAACAUGCUAGAAUGUAUUCUCCGCAAAAUUUACAAACGCGCCCUAGACCUCCCGAUCUCGACGUCUAACCAGCGUCUUGCAGACUUGGGCAUGACCAACACGUAUGGGGAGCUCAAAGAGGCCCAUCUCAACAACCAGUACCUGCGACUUACUAAGUCACACGCUGGGAGAAACCUCUUACACCGUCUCCAUAUCUCUUACACCUAUCAGAUAGAAGAGCGAACCACAAUCCCUGAGGACUGGCGUGGUGCUUUGACCAUCCAGCCUCUGCCCUACAACAUGGCUAGGGGGACUUACGAAGGCAGGCGAACUGCGCGGGUUACCGCCUUGCAGGGACGCUAUGGGUCCCGCCCUGGAGUCUUCUACACGGACGCGUCCGGCCCUAACCACGGCGGGUGGUUUGCCGGAGGGCAGCAUAUAUCCUCAUUCUAG